AUGGAUUUGAGAAAAUUGGCAUUGUUUUUGGUUCUGAUCGCCCCUUCAUUGGGGAAGGAUUUCGUCCCUUUUGACCAAUCUCUGCUCAGCAAAGACUCCUUCUUUGAGCAAUUCGACUACCCAUCUUUGCUCGAGUCAGGAUGGAUCCCCUCCCAAAGCCUGAAAACAGGCCCAUUCGACUACGUUGGAAAAUGGAAGAUUGCUGACACUUCGAAAUACGCAGCCUUUGAGGGUGAAAAGGGCUUGCUCAUGGCGAAAGAAGCAGCUUACUACGCGAUUUCCAAGAAGUUACCUCAGACGUAUGUCAGAGGAAAAGACGACGAUUUGGUAGUUCAAUUCGAAGUUAAGUUCCAAGAAGGUGUAACAUGCAGUGGCGGCUACAUCAAACUCCUUAGUGAAGGAAGUGUUGGGGAGGAAUUCAGUGAUAGAACGCCUUUCGAGGUGAUGUUUGGACCAGACAUCUGCGGAUCAGAAAGCAAAGUUCACUUCAUCAUCAACAAGAAGGAUCAGGAAACCGGACAAUAUGUGGAACAUAAGUUGAGAAGGCCACCAAUGGCCAGAAAUCACGUCCUCACCAACUUGUACACCUUGAUCUUUAGAAGCGACGGCAGGACAGAACUUAGACUUAAUGGUGACAUUGCUAAGGCUGGAAAUGUGUUUACCACUCUCAAGUUCAUGGAACCACCUUUGACGGAACCAGAAUUCAUUGAGGACAAGAGUGCGCAGAAACCAGAUGACUGGGACGAUCAAUUCUUCAUCCCGGACCCUGAUGCAGUCAAACCGGACGAUUGGGACGAAGUUUACGGCGCACCAUGGAUCCCCGAUCCCAAGGCUACUAAACCCGAAGGAUGGAAGGACGACCCCACAAUACCAAAAGAGAUUCCUAACCCUGAUGCUACCAAACCUAAGGAGUGGCUAGAGGAGGAAGAUGGAGAGUGGGAAGCACCAUUGAUAAGAAAUCCCGAGUGUUCGGUUGGCUGCGGUCCAUGGACCCCUCCAGAAGUACCAAACCCCAAGUAUAAGGGUUUCUGGACUGCUCCUCUGAUUGAAAACCCAAACUACAAGGGCAUCUGGAGAGCCCCAAAGAUUAGGAACCCACGUUUUGGAAGGGAUGAGAAUUCAGACUUGAUCGGUCCUGUGGACGCAUUAGGGUUCGAGCUCUGGACAAUGACGCAGGGGGUACUCUUUACAAACAUCUACCUUGGACAUUCUGUCGAAGAAGCGGAAAGGAUCGGGAAUAACACCUUCAUUCCCAAGUCACAAGAAGAAUGGGAAGUCUACAAAGCCAACAAGCCGAAGCCUGAGCACGACGCCAAGCCACCACCACCCACGUUUGAGGAUAUCCUUGAUGAUGAAAGCAUAAACGUGGUAAGUGAGGGUCUUGGGCUCAUACUUCAAUUCUACAGAGGCCUCUAUGAUGACGCACUUGAUUAUUGGUACGAGUUCCAAGUUGACCCAGCUGUCGCCAUCUCAGAAAAACCCGUGAAAUUUGCAAUUUACUGUACCGUUGGAGUAAUCGGUCUCACUGUCGUGUUUGUUACAAUCAACGUGGUAUUGUUCUUAGUGCUCACAGCUAAGAAUGCAUCGGGGCCCACGGGGCGAGACGACUUGACAGGUGAUGGAAAAGAACAAAAGGAAUCGCGAAGCGAGAUCACAAAGCCUCAAAGUAGACCAGUUGUCUCUAAGAAAGAAGGCGGCAUCAGCAGCGCAAAAAGUGCUGAAACGCAAGUGGCAACAGGCACGGUUGAAGAUGAGCCAGUGGCUAAAUCCACUGGAGCAAGCGCUGGUAAAGCAGAUGGAUUGAGGAACAGAGUACAAGAGAGUUCAGCUGGUAGAGAAGCCAAUGCUUGA